CUAUAGCAACGGCAAAAUGGAGGUUUGAUAAAAUUAACAAUUACAGGGAUAAAGUUUCUACUUUUUGAACAUAAAAAUGGCUCACAAUUAUUAUCGGACUCCUUGGAGAUCUAGUAACUAUAACUCUGCAUAUUCUAGUACCUAUAGCUCAUCUUAUCGUCCUCCUUAUAUGCUUUCAAACUCUCAUGGAUCAGGAUUUUCUUCCUACUCUUCUGUACCUUCUAGCCUCCCGUCCAACAGAUUAAGUUCCAAUAAUUAUUCUUCUAGUACCAUUCCUAGAAGUAUGGGACAUAGUCUAUCGAGAUCAGAUUGGAAUUCUCAUUCCAACAGUCCGUCCAAACAACCUGAUAGCUAUUAUCUUGAACGCUUAUACGGGAUUUUAGGAAAUUCUACUCCUCUUGGUGUUUCUCAUUACGCGUCACCUUUAACGGAUUAUAUGUCAAUAGGGUCAUACAGGGAUGCCGAAGAUAUUAGAUAUUUGAAACGUCAUGAAUUUACACACGUUUUAAAUUGUGCUGCAUACCAACCAUCACUGAAAUCUCCAUAUCCACCAGAUAGCGGUAUUGUAGGCUAUUUACAAUUUUUCGCCGAAGAUACAGAGUAUUACGAUAUGAUGCAACAUUUUAUGAAAGCUAAAGGGUUUAUUGAUGCAGCAAGACGAUACGGUGGAAAAGUUUUGGUUCAUUGCGCAAUGGGAGUAAAUAGAAGUGCUACAAUGUGCGUAGCUUAUUUAAUGCUUGACCAACAACUGGAUUUAUUGGAAGCUGUCAGAAGAGUAAAAUCCAGACGUGGAGUAAUAUUAACUAACAAAAGUUUCCAAAAGCAACUUAUCAGGUUUGCAAGAGAAAAAGAUUUAUUAAAGUCUUAAAGAGUCAUUUGAGGUCAUCAUCUGAGAGGAAAAAAAGUCUUGAUCCCCUUUUCUCGUAUAUCUGUGUAGUCUAUGGCUUCUUUUUUUAUGAAUAUUAGAUAAAAAAUAUGAAAGGGAUUGAAAUUAAAUAGUUUUCUUUAAUUGUUAUCUGAAACGUGAUAUUGUAUAAAACCUAUUAUAAAAUAUUCCUUUUAAGAUAUUGAUA